GUUAUGCGUUGAUAAGGAUGGAGAAACAGCAGAGGCUGUGCGAAUGUGUGUGAUGCAUUUUAUGUGCUCUACUGAUUUUCAGCUGCGCAGGGACAGCAGUCUUGUUUUUCUAAGCGUGUUGAGUUGCGAGUGUGUGGGUAGUUGUGGCAAACAUACCACAGACUGGAUGACGAUUGGAGGGCAGUGCCACAUUGCAGCAGAGUACUAUGUCCUCAGCUACUCCCAGGUACAUGUGUCCUCGUGUGUGGGUGUAAGACUGUACAUGUUCUUUCACUGUCACACUUUUUAUUUUGCCUGUAAUGAAAGUCUGACUACCUGAAUGAAGGUGUGGUUGCAAGCAGACUCCAGAGGAAGUAAAAUUUGAUAAGUACCUGAUGGUAAUAGCACUAUACGCAGCCAGUCUACCUCCAGAUAUCCUGUCUGUGCACCCUCUCAGACAAAGAGGAAAUUCAUUAAAUUUGAAGUGCAGGCCAAGCCGGGCAUCUCCAGACUAAAAGGAAAUUUUGUGCUUUGUCACUGUCUGCUAUGCUUUUCAUCAAAUGUGCGCUACUCUGGUUUAAUUCUUUCGUGACAUGUUUCAUUUACUCUUAUCUGCUUGAUGGAAUUAAGAUGUCAGGAGGGAGUUUUCUGUUUUAUUGCACUUACGGUAGUUGAUAUUAUGUUGAAAUAUGUUUGGUGACUACGUAGCAAUUUCCUAGCAACUCUGUGUCAACAAAACUAUCAUAUUUUCAGUUGGUUUAAAGCAUUAGUGGGUUAUUGUCAGUGGAUUUUACCUCAUGAAAAACUUAGAUUUCCAAGGAAUGUGAAUGGAUUCUUGGCUGGAGGAAAUGAGCCAAGAAUGAAUGACAUUGUGCAAGUCUUUGCAGAAGCAAAUUGAACUCAAACCCAGAACAUGUGUUCUUACUGCGUUGCAACUUAGCAAAAUCCUAUUGAUGUAGCCGUCAAUUUCAAUGCUAAUGGAGGGAUAACUUGUCUGCAUUUCAAGUUUAACACUAAUGUAUUCACAGGAUCUUUAGAUGUUAUUGAUCCUGCUGAUGAGGAACAGUGAAUUUGUGCGUUUUUGCCUGCUGGAACGACCUUGCUGGUUGUUGACCUUGUAAGGGACUGGCAGACUCCCAAGGCAAUCCAACCUUGAAAGAAUGCUUUGGGUCAGUGUAAUGCUCUACAAUGAUCCAUUUGUUCUUUCUGUGUGUGAACCUAACUUAAUGUAAGAUUUAAAAAAGGACCUUGUUAUUUAGCAGCGUAAUUGAACUUAAAACGUAAAGACAAAUCAAACCCCACCCAGAAGAUAAUCGUGACACGACGUCAGCCUUAAGCAGCUUAAGGCACCAAGCUGGUUGGGCUGAAGACACUCAUACUGUAAGCUUGUCUCCUUACGUCUUACUCUACGCUACCUAAAGCCACCUGAAAAGUGAUGGAUGGAGGGACCCUAACCAAAGGCGGUUCAUCGGCUCUUGAAACCGGGCCAAGGUUUAACGAUGCGUUCUUUUGAAUUUACCCUUCAAGCUUCCUUUGUUUCGCUUCUGUGCCUCUGUGAACACCCCUCACCCCCGAUGUCCAAGGCUGAAAGUAUUUCAGAGCGAGUCUGAGUCCAACACUGGCUGACGUCUACCUGCAGUGCUUCGCCCUUCUCUGUGGGACGGUCGAAGGAGAGCAGGGCACCAUGCCUACUGUGCCCAACCUCAACAGCCUGAGCAAACUGUGCAGCUCCAGCCGCAGCCAAAGUGUCAACCGCGUCCGAGUAAAACGCAAGAGCUCGGUAAAACGUAUGUCCAUCAUCGAGGAUGGACAUGUGGCGGAAGUCCUGUACCUGAUUCCUAAACAGUACAUGGAGCAGCUCCCGUACCUCAACCCUAAUGACUAUUAUCUAAGCGAGAGGCUGAACGAUGUCGCUACAGUGGCUCAUGCGCAGGACACACGCCACCACUCUACAGAGAAGCCCCUAAUUCAGUGCUACAAGUGUGGGCAGCCAUGUAAGGGCGAGGUGCUCCGGGUGCAGAACAAGCACUUUCACCUCAAGUGCUUCACAUGUAAAGUAUGUGGCUGUGACCUUGCCCAGGGGGGCUUCUUCAUGAAAAAUGGAGACUAUCUGUGCACGCUGGACUACCAACGCAUGCACGGUACCCGCUGCAAUGGCUGUGGGGACUUUGUUGAGGGAGAAGUGGUUACUGCUCUGGGCAAGACCUACCACCCUUCCUGCUUCGUCUGCACCAUCUGCAAACGACCGUUUCCUGCCGGGGACAGGGUGACCUUUAAUGGAAAGGACUGUCUCUGUCAAUACUGUGUCGAGCCCAUGUCUCCAGGACCAAAGGACAUCCUGGGCUCCAGCAAUUGCGCAGGAUGUGGCCGAGACAUUAAGAACGGACAGGCUCUCCUUGCUUUGGACAAACAGUGGCAUCUGGGCUGCUUUAAGUGUAAGGCCUGCAACAAAGUGCUGACCGGGGAGUACAUCAGCAAGGAUGGCGCCCCCUACUGUGAGAAGGACUACCAGACCCAUUUUGGAGUUCAGUGUGAGGCGUGCCAUCAAUUCAUCACAGGGAAGGUGCUAGAGGCAGGAGAUAAGCACUAUCACCCCAGCUGUGCGCGAUGCAGCAGGUGCAAUCAGAUGUUCACAGAAGGAGAAGAGAUGUAUCUGCAAGGGUCAACAGUCUGGCAUCCUGGGUGCAAGAACACCACGAGAACAGAAGAAAGGCACAGGGAGCGGCUAAUGCCUCCGUCCCUCUUAUUCCUCCAAAAAACAGAAAGGCAGCCGACGAGGUCGUCGUCUGAGAGUAUUUGUUCCAGACCUGGUUCAAGCAUACCUGGCUCACCGGGUCACACUAUCUAUGCAAAAGUAGACAAUGAGAUCCUUGAUUACAGAGACCUAGCUGCCAUUCCAAAAGUCAAAGCCAUUUAUGACAUUGAGCGCCCCGAUCUUAUUACCUAUGAACCUAUGUACACCACCUCCCUGGAUGAGAGAGAGGAGAGACGAGAGAGUGUGGGAGAGCUCCACACUGCCAGGAGGGAACGUUCCCCCUUGCCGGAUGACAAGUCCUCAAGAAACAUGUCGCCAACCCCAUCUGGUGAGGGAUCUUACGACAGGAGGGAACGCAUCCUUCAGAGGUCCACCAGUCAGGGCUCCAUAGGAUCACCAGUUUAUAAUCGUCAUGGAUACACCCCCACUUUGUCACGGUCGCCGCAGCAUUUUCACCGGCCAGAGGCUCUGACAGGCAUGCAGAAGCUCUGCUCCUCCCUGUGCAGUAACAGUGUGGGCUCCAGAAAUAGUGACUCCCGCCCCACCUCCCCUUUCAGACACCACUUCCUCCCCCAUAGCCAAGGCACCGACCCGCCGAGUGGCCGGAGCUCUCCCCUACCGCUCAGGCCCGACAGCCGGCCGGUCACCCCGCCUCUCUCUCAGACCCCUAAACAUUUCCACCUCCCAGAUCAGGGGAGCAACAUCUAUCGAAAGCCACCCAUCUACAAACAACACGGCUGUGACCCAGACACUGAUAGCUCAGUUCCCAUGGUUACCAACCUAGAUACAGCUUCCAUAGCACGCCAAAGCAAGUCUGCUGAUGAGAUCAUCAGAUCUGCCACCUUCCCCGCUGCCCAUGCUCCCUUUCCAGAUGACAGCUCACGGAGUGAGGGUGAUCGCUGGCCCUACUCGCUCACUGCGUUAGGUUCAGAAGGGAGGAGAAGAUCUAGAGAAGAGGAGGAGGAAGAAGCUUUGAAAAGAAAGCUGCUCCAGGAGGAGCAUCUCAGUAAGAUUCAGUCCGGUUUGGGGAAGCUCAUUUUGAAGGAGGAGAUGGAAAAAGAGCAGAUAAGGGAGCGCCAUGCACGAAGCCUCUCGGCUCAGCGCUACGAUCCCAAACAGACCAGCUGUGAUGCAGAUCAGCCUUCUCCAACCAAAACGAACUCUCUGCCUGGCUAUGGAAGAAAUGGGCUACAUCGGCCUCAGUCCACAGAUUUCACCCAGUACAACAGCUAUGGGGACAUGUGCGGAGGAGGCAGAGAGUUUCAGCACAUUAAGGAUGGCCGUGCAGCACUUGCAAGGAUGGACAGGGGAGUAUCUAUGCCUAAUAUGUUGGAACCGAAAGUGUAUCCCUAUGAAAUGCUCAUGAUAACCAGUAGAGGGAGAGCUAAACUGCCCAGGGAUGUGGACAGAACCAGACUGGAGCGCCACUUAGCACCUGAAACGUUCUUUGACAUCUUUGGAAUGGAGAUCCAGGAGUUUGACAGGCUUCCCCUGUGGAAACGCAACGACAUGAAAAAGAAGGCCAAGCUCUUCUAGCACUCAGAGCCGCAUGCAUUUUCUGUACAUUCAGAUAGCACACAGCAGCUGUAAUCUAGAUGUAGGUUUUGGUUUAUUUCCUUUUCUUCUAUAUAUAUUUUUUGUUCUUUUCUUUUUUUAAAAUUUGAUUGUUUUAACCUGACAUAAUCACGGAAGCCAUGAACUGGACUCUUUGCUCUGAUGCUUCCUGAGACUAUGUACUGAAAGACUUGUCCUGUUAGACUUGCACUGUCAACGAUGAGCGGGAAUCUCUUCCGCGUUCAAAAAUGACAAAGAAUGAGACUGGACGAUGAACAGGGUCAUGUUCUUUGGUUUGAAUGCGCUUGUUUUACUUCUUGCUUUGCUUCGAGUGGAACCGCCUUUCUUUUCUUUCUUGCUCGUUUCUUCCUACUAUUUCUCUCGCUGUUGAUUCCUGUGGAACUUUGUAAGUACAGUAGAACCUCAUGGCGCUCAUUACAAAAUGUCCAUGCUCGUAGCUUGAACAUGUGUCAGCUUACCCUCGCUUGGGCUGAAAAGGUUUUAGUCCAAAGUUUGCAAGAAUUGGCUCAGUGAGUCUUUGAAUUAAAAAGAAAAAGUCACCGGGAAAGCAGUUAGCUUACCCAACAGCUGUUGCAUCAUCCAAGCACCCGCAUAUCACUAGUUUCCUUCCCAUGGCUACGCACUGAACAUCCGUUUGACCCUGACAAAAAAUGUCUCUCUUCUCAGGCUCUCAUAAACACGGCCAGACACUCUCCCUUUACAUGGAUUGGAAGUACAAAUCGUAUUAUAUUUUAAUGCCAUAUCAAAAGCAAAGUAAGUGACAAAUAGCUAAAACCCCUAAUGUGUUUGAAAAUACUGUUUUAUAUAAAAAAAGAAAAGAAGAAAAAACCCCACACUGCCAUUUGUUGUAUUGAAUUCUAAGCCAAUAAAGCUUUAAAUCACCAUGAAACAUAAUGAUCCUCUGCUAAACCAAAGGUA